CGCGCAGAGGCAAAGGCCAUUAACGCUCCGUGCGCAGUAGGCUCGGUGUUGGGUGGCAACUUUCUUCUCCUGUUUUUGUUUCCUCGGCGGCAUAGCUUAACUGCUUCUGUUCACCAUGGUGAAUUCAUCAAAGAUGGGAUUUGUGAAGUACCUCCUCUUUGCCUUCAAUGCCAUAUUUGUUCUCUGCGGCAUUGCCUUGAUAGCUGUCGGUGCAGUGGUGCUCACAGCCCUAAGCCCACAGAAGCCUUUCUAUGAGGGCUACCUGGGUGCACCCGUGGCCAUUGUGGUCUUGGGGGUCUUCGUCUUUGUGCUUGCCUUCCUGGGAUGCUGUGGUGCCAUCCGGGAGAACUACCAUAUGAUUAUGGCGUUCAGUGUGCUGCUGACUAUUAUUUUGAUCUGUGAACUGGGAGCGGCCAUUGCCGCAUAUGCCUACCGAUCAAAGAUUGAAAAUGCUAUCAGGACAGAAGCCAAUAAGUCGAUCAAGCAGUACCGCAACAACACUGAUGUGCAGCAUCUGUGGGAUGACAUCCAGAGCAGUCUGCAUUGCUGUGGUGCCAACAGCACUGCUGACUACGAAGACAAGCUGCCUCAGUCCUGCUGCCCGGACAAGCCUGAAGACUGCAACCCAUCCAAGGCAUACAAAAGGAACUGUUGUGAUGUGCUUCUGGAGAAGUUUAAUGAGAAGAUUGUGUAUGUUGGAGUGACUGGCAUCAUCAUCUGCUUCAUUGAGGUUGUCGGCAUUGUUUUUGGCUGCUGCUUGGCCAAAGCUAUCAGGAAAUACGAGGUGGUGUAGGACAACAUUCUACGACUGUUUUCUUCUGGUGAUGUCUUAUUCUGCCAGUCUGUCAUCAGGUUCAGUGCUAUCCUCGUUAAGCCGAUCUGCACACUUCAAGGUGUAAAAUAUGCUCUGUGUAGCUGGUGCCAAAACGAAACGGAGUUGUCCACUAGUGCUGCAAACGUUAAUUUCCCAAUUCUAAAGAAAAAUCACUUGGAUACAUUCCGUGCCUUACGAACCCAGGACAAAUUUUAAAAACCACCAUGUGCAGAGUGUACAUAAAAUCAAUGUUGGCAUAGGGACUGAAUGUAACCACCAGUGGCGAAGGUUGGCCUCAUGGGUGCCUGUUAACCACGAUCAAUGUUCAUUGCCCAAACUUUAGGCAGCCACACUUACUUGGCAGGUAUGAUCUUAGCGUUUCCUUACUAGGGCUAAAUGUAGGUUUUUGGUGUCUUCUCUUGAGAUAGUUGCAGUGUGAUGCUUCUUUAUGGACAUUUAUGCUUUCUACCUGGGAUUUCAAAUGCCACACCAGUGUUGUGUUCCACCACUACUCGUGGUUGGAUGGUUAGGCGGCAUUGUAGUUCCAUUUACCGUUGUGUGGCAGAUGCUGUGUACUUAUGACAUAUUACCCAAUCUGUACAGAAAAUGUUUACUUUAGUAAGCUACUUCACAUUUUGGUGAGGAUGUGUUCUCUUCACGUAGUUACCGGUAUGAUUUUUUCUUUUUAAUUUUGUGCUAGGCUUGGCAGUUGGUCUGUGCAGUUGCCUUUUAUUUCACAUGAACCCAGCAGUAGUUGAAAGUAGUAUGUAUUGUUGCUAUACUAUACGUUAUUUAACUGUGUCUAAUAAAACAAUGUAAUGACUGAUGUUUGCGCUUUCAAGUGGAGUAAAGCCAUUGAAUGUUUGUGA